GAAUCAUGUGGCGUACGGCGGACAUCGAAUACCCUAACACCGGGCUCCUGUUGUUAUAAAAUCUGCAAUUAUGAUGAUGGAGAAGAGAAAAAUAACUGUUUCUUUUCCGAAACCUUUAAUGACAAGAUAAUACUUCGGAUAGUGAAAUAAUUAGGACGAAUACGAGUUCAAUUGUGACGUAUUUGGGAACAUUUUUCGUUCUGUUUUGAGACGCUUUCCUGCCUUGAUAGAUGAUCAAUGAAGUCGGUCAUUUGGGGAUUCAAAACGAAACUAUUUUCUUACCUUGGUUUGACAUUUUACAAACACCCCCCCCCCCUUUCUAUUCCUACAUCAAUAGGCCUAAGAAGACACAUUGUAGCCUAGUACAAUACCCCGUCUAAACGGAAACAGUCCCACAGAUACAGCGUCUCAACUUGGAUCACUAAAUAUGAUUGGACUGAAGUACAACAUGUCUCUACCCAUGGCUGCAGGGGCGUUGUUAGUGGGCAUCCCCUACUCCAUCUCUCUCGUAGCCCAGUGGAUGUAUGGCUGGCCUAACAAGCCAGGCUAUAAAAAGUACAUUGAGGCUCUGAAGCCAAGGAGGAUAUACUGUCUGACUAGAGCUGUGCUGGAGAUGCUGAAAUACUUCCAGUACGGAAAACUCUACUUCCAGUGGAAGUCCUGGUACAAGAAUGUAGAAAACCACAAGCAUUAUGAAAAGGGAAUCACGUUUGGGCGUCGUAGUAACAAGCUGGAUUUGUAUUAUUCUCCCACGGUGGGCCAGCCCGGCAGUGGACCGGUGCCUGUGGUAGUGUUUAUAUACGGGGGAGCCUGGGGUUCAGGGGAGAGGUCCAUAUACUGUCUACUGGCCAUGCAGAUGGCUAAGGAGCUCAGCGCAACGGUGAUCUGUCCGGACUAUUGUACCUAUCCAAAGGGUAAUGUUUUGUGUAUGGUUCAAGAUAUUGCGGACUGUCUCAUUUGGGCGAGGGACAGCGGCCAUAAAUUCAACUUCGACAAAGAUAACAUUGUGUUAAUGGGCCACUCCGCUGGGGCUCACCUAGCAGCUCUAACUGUGUUGUUCAUGGUCGAGGGACGAGACGAGCUCUUUAUAGAAGCCAAGAAGCAGACAGAGAUCACCAUGGCAAUCAGAGGAGUUACAGGUUUGAGUGGAGUGUACAACAUCGUGGACCACUAUGAACAUGAACAGAUGAGAGCUGUGGAGUAUGUCUCUACGAUGCACAAAGCUAUGAACGGACUGGAGAACUUCCCUUAUUACUCACCAACACACCUACUGAAGAAAUUCAGCGAGGCACAACUGAAAAGAGUUCCACCUUUCUGCUUGCUCCACGGAACCAACGACAUCAUAGUUCCGGUGGAAUCUUCCCAGAGGUUCUCUGAGCUGCUCACGGCCCUGUCAAUCAAGGUGUCCCUGUACCUCAUGCCUAAAAUGGACCACACCGAGAUAGUCACCGAUCUCAUGGCGACAGACAGGCACUUCUACAAAACAGUGUACAGCUGCAUCAAACAGGAGUACAGCAAGUUCAUAGGCCAGGUCUGUGACUGCUGAACGAAACAACUAACACAAUUCAUUAUUCAUUCAUGACGUGCCGUAAUUAUUUUUGUUUACAUCUCUUUUUUUUCAGUUAAUUAUUAUGAUGAUACCUCGAAUUUACAAGAUUUAGACUUUUCGACAAAAACAAAAAAUUGUUUUAACUCUCUGUUUUAAAUCUCAAUGAUGCUUUUCUGUGGUGUGUGUUUCAUAAUGGUUCCAUGAUUGUAAACAAGACUGAAUUAUAUUUUAAUACAAUAAUUCCUGAUCUUUACACAUCAGAUUAUUUUUCAGAGCUGAUAUGAUUGGUCAAAAGAUUAGCCGGUAGAAAGAUCCGAAUUGGUCUCAAUUCAAUUCAAUUCAAUUCAAGGGGCUUUAUUGGCAUGGGGAAACAUGUGUUAACAUUGCCAAAGCAAGUGAGGUAGAUAAUAUAUAAAGUGAAUCUCUCUCUGUCUAAACAAAGCCCAUGUGUGUCAGACCUCAAAUGCACAUGCCAAAUAAUCGUGCCAGAUUUUUCACCUUUGGGACUAUCCCAUUGGUUCCAUUGUACCAGGCCAACUAAAUCAAGUAUUGGAUAUGUAUUUGACUAAGUCUGGUGCGUAUAGAACACUGUAUGAGAUAUCCCAAGGUCCAAUAUAUUCACGGUGCUUCUGCCUCUGCAUUGUUUGUUCAUUGAGGGUUAUAGGCUGGGUAUCUGUAAAGCUAUUGAGGGUUAUAGGCUGGGUAUCUGUAAAGCUAUUGAGGGUUAUAGGCUGGGUAUCUGUAAAGCUAUUGAGGGUUAUAGGCUGAGUAUCUGUAAAGCUAUUGAGGGUUAUAGGCUGGGUAUCUGUAAAGCUAUUGAGGGUUAUAGGCUGGGUAUCUGUAAAGCUAUUGAGGGUUAUAGGCUGGGUAUCUGUAAAGCUAUUGAGGGUUAUAGGCUGGGUAUCUGUAAAGCUAUUGAGGGUUUUAGGCUGGGUAUCUGUAAUGCUCUCUGGGGUUAUAGGCUGGGUAUCUGUAAAGCUAUUGAGGGUUAUAGGAUGGGUAUCUGUAAAGCUAUUGAGGGUUAUAGGCUGGGUAUCUGUAAAGCUAUUGAGGGUUAUAGGCUGGGUAUCUGUAAAGCUAUCUGGGGUUAUAGGCUGGGUAUCUGUAAAGCUAUUGAGGGUUAUAGGCUGGGUAUCUGUAAAGCUAUCUGGGGUUAUAGGAUGGGUAUCUGUAAAACUAUCCGGGGUUAUAGGAUGGGUAUCUGUAAAGCUAUUGAGGGUUAUAGGCUGGGUCUCUGUAAAGCUAUUGAGGGUUAUAGGCUGGGUAUCUGUAAAGCUAUUGAGGGUUAUAGGCUGGGUAUCUGUAAAGCUAUUGAGGGUUAUAGGCUGGGUCUCUGUAAAGCUAUUGAGGGUUAUAGGCUGGGUAUCUGUAAAGCUAUUGAGGGUCAUAGGCUGGGUCUCUGUAAAGCUAUUGAGGGUUAUAGGCUGGGUCUCUGUAAAGCUAUUGAGGGUUAUAGGCUGGGUAUCUGUAAAGCUCUCUGGGGUUAUAGGCUGGGUAUCUGUAAAGCUAUUGAGGGUUAUAGGAUGGGUAUCUGUAAAGCUAUUGAGGGUUAUAGGAUGGGUAUCUGUAAAGCUAUUGAGGGUUAUAGGCUGGGUAUCUGUAAAGCUAUUGAGGGUUAUAGGCUGGGUAUCUGUAAAGCUAUCUGGGGUUAUAGGCUGGGUAUCUGUAAAGCUAUUGAGGGUCAUAGGCUGGGUCUCUGUAAAGCUAUUGAGGGUUAUAGGCUGGGUCUCUGUAAAGCUAUUGAGGGUUAUAGGCUGGGUCUCUGUAAAGCACUUUGUGACAACUGCUGAUGUAAAAAAAGAAAAGAAAGAGAAAGAAAGAAGGGCUUUAUAAAAACACAUUCGAUUGAUUUAUAGAUCCAGCUGGAACCUUUUAUAUAGUGUUAGUGUUAACUCCCACUCCGACAGAGUAAUAUGGGCUAGUAUUCAGCAAAGCAUUGGCAACAUUCCCGUGGGGAUUAAGACGCCACAUCCUAAAUUGCACCCUAUUCCCUACAUAGUGCACUACUUUUGACCAGAGCCCUAUGGCACCCUAUUCCCUACAUAGUGCACAAAUUUUGACCAGAGCCCUAUGGUACCCUAUUCCCAACAUAGAGCUCUAGUCAAAAGUAGUGCACUAUGUCACCCUAUUCCCUAUAUAGUGCACUCCUUUUGACCAGAGCCCUAUGGACAGUGCACUAUAUAGGGGAAAGGGUACCAUUUGGGACAGAACCAAAACAGUUGAGCAGAUCUAUUGUAUAUGUUCUACUGAUAAUCUGUUGCAUUAAUAUGGUCAACCAGGAGAACAUUACAUUUUCAGUUGUAUGGUCAACCAGGAGAACAUUACAUUUUCAGUUGUAUGGUCAACCAGGAGAACAUUACAUUUUCAGUUGUAUGGUCAACCAGGAGAACAUUACAUUUUCAGUUGUAUGGUCAACCAGGAGAACAUUACAUUUUCAGUUGUAUGGUCAACCAGGAGAACAUUACAUUUUCAGUUGUAUGGUCAACCAGGAGAACAUUACAUUUUCAGUUAUAUGGUCAACCAGGAGAACAUUACAUUUUCAGUUAUAUGGUCAACCCAUUAGAUGUUCUGUUUACUAAAUGUUUGAGCAACUACAUACUACAUCUGAUGAAAUGUAUUCAUUACAUUACUCUAUUAUCUGCUCUUAAAAGUGAUGUAUUGGUUUAUUUAAUAAAAGUCUUAAAUUGUG